UUCGCCGGUUUUAUUGUGCACGAUAUAUCGAAACGAAGACAAAGAAAAUCGUCUUCUUUGUUCAUUCGUGGCUAUUAUUUUUCGCGUGCACAUCGAAUUAUUUUUUUGCUGAUCGAGAAGAAUGAUAUUCGAAGGUUGAUAAACGUCUGACGGUUAUCGCUCAUUGGAAUUGGCAGCAGAAUUAGAGCUCUUCCAAUUGACGACUGUGUUUCCAUCUUCCUAAUUAAAUUAAUUAAAACUAAACUUGCGUCUUGAGUGAAUGUUUUAGUGUUUGUGAUAAUGAAAGUUAAAAAGGCAACAGAAUCGAGCUUCAAUGGCAGCGACGACCCAGCCUCCCUGAUCGGUUUCCUUCCGCAGGAGAUCAAGGUCUAUAAGAAGCGAUGGCUGAUCCUCACACUCUUCGUGGUGUACAGCGCUAGCAACGCUAUGCAAUGGAUUGAAUAUAGUAUUAUUACGAACAUUGUAGCGAAAUAUUAUAAUGUCUCGGAUUAUGUAGUGGACAUGACGAGCAUGAUAUACAUGAUAACGUAUAUACCGUUGAUAUUCCCUGCCAGUUAUCUGCUUGAUAAUUUCGGCCUCAGGUGGACGGUGAUCGUCGGAGCGCUUGGGACCACCAUAGGUUCCUGGUUAAAAGUGUUUAGUGUAGCCCCCGAUCGCUUUUGGAUCACAUUCUGCGGUCAAACAGUGUGUGGCAUUGGUGUCUUCGGCAACCAGCUGGGUAUAGCUAUCGGUUUCUUAUUUCCACCGAUGUUAGUGCCAAACAAGGACUCCUGUGAAAUUGAAAGGGGGCUUCAACGUAUGUUCUAUAUCGUUGCAGCUAUCACGUCAGUCGUGCUAAUUCUCAUAUUAAUUUUCUUCAAGUCGGCACCGCCCUUACCACCUAGCUCCGCUCAAGUUGUGCAAAGAGAAAAAUCCGAAAGCAACAAGGACGUAAAGAAAUUUCUUAAUUCUCUCACAAGAUUGUGGUCGAAUCGUGGUUAUCUAUUGCUUUUAAUCAGUUACGGUAUUAACGUUGGUAUCUUUUAUGCUAUAAGCACCCUCCUAAAUCGACUCGUCACCAAAGAAUAUUCAGACAGUGAAGAGGACGCAGGUCGAAUCGGCUUAACAAUAGUUUGCGCCGGAAUGGUUGGUUCUAUUGUUUGCGGUAUUCUAUUAGACAAAACACAUAAAUUCUGGUUGACGACGGUAGGAGUGUAUGUUUGUUCUUUAGUGGGUAUGAUAAUCUUUACUUUCACACUGAACGUGAAGAUAUACGUUGUCUACAUCACGGCUGGCAUUCUAGGCUUUUUCAUGACCGGAUAUCUGCCGGUCGGCUUCGAACUCGCUGCAGAGCUCACGUUCCCGGAACCCGAAGGAACGUCUACAGGUCUACUGAACGCGGUUGUGCAACUGUUCGGCAUCGCCUUCACUCCGCUUUAUCGCUAUAUGCUUAAUAUUUGGGAGGAUUUUUGGGCGAACGUCGCGCUGUGCAGCAUUCUUACAGUUGGCGUUUUGCUUACGAUUUUGAUACCGAACGAUCUGAGACGUCAGAAAGCGAAGGCUUGACAGUUUGAACAAUCACCUAGCCAGUAAUGAGCCACAGUCUUCGAAGCCUCUGUGGUUCGAAGGAGUAGUUUUUGUCUCGACAAUACUUCCCAUAAACCUAUUAUCCUAGUUCAAUUGGGUCCUAACUUAUCCCUGAAUAUAUACUGUGUGCCAGAGAGAGAGAGAGAGAGAGAGAGAGAGAAGUACCAUUUCUCUGAGCCACGUGUGUAUUCAUCCAAAAAAAGUAUACCUUUUUCGAAAUUAAAUGAAUUAAUAGAGAUUCUAAAGGAAUAAUCAGAUAGUAUAAUAGGCGUUUACCUCGUAGAACUUCCAAAUUUUUACUGUAAUAGAGACAGGUUUAACACUUAGUGCGCUUAAGUGCCAAAAUGCCUAAUGUUGAGAGUUUGUAGAAAGAUGUAAAGAAAUAGACCAAUAUUUUUAUGGCUGAAUUUUUAGAAAAAACUCGUAGUAAAAAGAUGAUACAAUUGGCUUUAAGAAAUGACAAGAAAGCUAUAUAUAUAUACAUAUACAUAUAUAUACACAAUAUGUGUAGAGAUAUAUUUUUGUCGUUAUUGCUAUUAGAUUUAGAAACAAAGUGGUUUAACAAAUAUAUGUACAAACGACGAAGAAAAGUAAAAAUCGUCAGAAAAUUCUCGAUCCUAUUGUUAGUUGAAUUUAAUCUCAGGUAAGCGGUAGUAUUUAAACGAUAUUGUGCAGUAAUGAAUUAACUUUGAAAACCAGCGAAUCGAGGAUAAAUUAUCACUAAAUAAUAACACUGUUUAACAGCUAAUAUAUAUUCUCUCCGAUAAUAUAUUUUCCAAAGAUUUUUUGCACUGAACGAUGAUGGAGAAAUGUGUACUUCGGAGAAAAAAAUAAUUUUUUGUUUAUGAACAGUGUAAUUACAAAAAUAGAUAAAAAUAUUACGAAACUAAUAAGUUUAUUAUCUGUGACAACUAUUGACAAUAAUCUACGAACUUUUAUCAUUUUCCAUUCUCUUAAACCUUCGGUGCUACUCUAUAUGUUUUGUCACGCAUUGUAUUGAUACCGUGUAUUGGAAAAUAUCGUGUAAAAAUGAAUAUAUAAUAAAUUUUUUUCAAUUUAAAUGCUGAACAUUAAGGAUCGACAAGCAAAUGAAUGUAUCUUUAUUAAUAACAAAGGUAUAGCA